AUGGAACAAAUUUUGUUGGGGCUCGGAAAGAGCUAUAUAMAAAACUGUGAUUCACAGUUGGCAUGUGAAGGAAUCGAGUGGAAGUUCAACCCGCCAUCAGCCCCACAUUUUGGGGGACUUUGGGAGAGCGCGGUCAAAAGCACAAAGCACCACUUAAGUCACACAUUAAAGGAUAUCCGUCUUAAUUUGGAAGAGCUCAACACUUUAUUAUGCCAGAUAGAGGCCUGCGUAAAUUCAAGGCCAAUUACUCCACUAAACAGCGAUCCCUCCGAGCCAGAAGCUCUAAAUCCUGGUCAUUUCUUAAUUGGUGGACCCUUACUAUUGCUGCCAGAACCRAACAUAGAUAUUGGGCCUAUUGAGCACUUGUACCGUUGGAAAUACGUGCAAGAAUUGAUGAGAGGUUUUUGGAAUCGCUGGCACAAGGAGUACUUGCCACAACUUCAGGUAAGGGGAAGGUGGGUAGCAAAAAAGGACACAAUGCGUGUUGGAGACGUAGUCAUGAUAAAGGAGGACUGCACUUCGCUCAGCAAAUGGAAAUUAGGUAGAAUAAUGGCUGUGCAUCCAGGGAAAGACGAGAUCAUACGUGUAGUAACACUUCGUACAUCAAGUGGAAUUGAAAUAAAGAGACCCAGGCACGCCCGCAGAGAUUUAGCUCACUAG